UGUUCGCUGCAGUGCCGUGUUGUGUUCAAACAAAGCCUCCAAGGAAAAUCAAAUAUGCAGCCCUCAACCAUCAUUGUUCUGGCUUGUCUCGUAGCAGUCGUCGCAGCGAGCGUGCACUACGAACAUUACCCCGAAGAGAUGAAUGUCCAAAACGUCCACGAGUCGCUGGGUGACACGCCAGUGCACGAGAGGAGUGCGAGAACGAAGAGGGGUCUGCUACUUCUUAAGAAGAAGCUUAUCCUUGGGGCUUUAGGUUUGAAAGCUGUGAAGGUUGGAGCCGUCGGCGCAGGAGUUGUCGGCGCGCUCGCGCUCAAAAAACAGUCAGUGAAACCUCGUGUGACAAUUCAUACUGACCUCCGUCACGCGCCUAAAUACGUCGAAGUUCACAGCUGGUCCGGUUAAGUUAUUCGAGAUUUCUGUUAAAGCAUCACACAUGCCGUAAGAAAUCAAAGAAACUUGGUAAUAAUGUUAAGUAAUUUUAAGCGUUAAAGCUAAUGCCAAUGCGUAUUUUUAACAUUGUUGUAGAAGUCGGUUUGAUACGUGAGCGAUAAGUGUCUAGAUCGUAAAAUAUCGUAAUGAUUAUUCUCCCAAUUGCCAUACACGUAAAUAAUAAAUUGAUCAACCUCGAUGACAAACAAAGGCAGUAAAAUAUAAAGAUAUCUUGAACUUUUUUUAUUUCCUUUAUGUAACUGACUAUUGUUAUUGAUUCAUUGUGUACAUGUAAAAGCAGUUUAUUUACUUUUGUUUUGUUCAAUAUAUAUACUGGUCAUGAACAACUUAAAUAAUUAAAUAUAGUUUGAGAUUCUUUUCGCUGGUCCGAAUUUUGAUAUAAUAAUAAUUUUAAUUAGUAAAUAUAUUUUGGAAUUCGUAUAUAUGAAUUGUUUAUAAAUUAUUGUUUUAACGGUAAAUUUCAUCAAAUAGUGUGA